AGCCCUACCAAAGAAUGGCAUGGAAUUUCAUAUCAACAUUUACAUUAAUCUACUUCCAAUGUUAACCAAUUAGGAAAAUAGGCUAAAUGCAAAUCAUGGUCAUAAUCUCACCACUGAACUUGAUAAUGUGGAAUAUCAAGGUUAUUUGGAAGCUUUCUAAUGAUCAAAACUAUGGAGGAUGAUGAUUGAUGCGACUUCAAUAGUUUCCCUUUUUUGUUUGUUAGCAGUUGUCCCUACCCUAAAAUUAUGGCCUAUGCCCUUUUUAAGGAGAGAAAUUUUCAUUCUUUCCCCUCCAAGUUGUUCCCUCUAUUACAACAAGAUUUCUAUAGCAAUCUUUGCCUGCUCAAAUUUCUAUGCCACUAGAACUAUUAAAAAUAAUAUUUAAGGCUUUUGAUUUGUAGAGUAUUAUCUGUAAUCGUCUUCUAUUCUGUUGCUAGUGCACCUCUAACUACCUUCAAGCUCUCUUGUUUUGCUUCUUUUUAUUGUCAUGGCCACCAAUUCUGAAGCUGGAACGGUAGUCAUGAUACGAAAGGAGGAUGAAGUUUUAGAAACCAGUCCUGGAACCAACAAGAAACAGAUUCAACUACCCCCCAAAACCGAGAUAAAGGUAGCUGUUGUUUACUACCUAUCACAAAAUGGCCAGAUUGAGCAUCCUCAUUUUGUCGAAGUACCUCUCUCUUCUCCUCAAGGACUCUAUCUAAGAGAUGUGAUGAAGAUGCUAAACCUUCUCAGAGGUCAAGGCAUGGCUAACAUGUACUCCUGGGCUUCAAAAAGGAGCUACAAGAAUGGAUUUUUAUGGCAAGAUUUGUCAGAUGAUGACUUCAUAUACCCUUGUCAAGGCGAAGAUUACAUUCUGAAAGGAUCACUACUCCUAGAAAAUUCUCUUAGUUUUCGAUCCAACGGGUCAAUAUCAUCAUUGACCUCGAGACGUUCCUCAGAGAUGAACAGCUCCAGCAGUGAGGAUUCAAAUUCUUCUGUCACUAGAAGAAAAAAUUAUUCAUGGAGUUCAAUUGAUGGCAUUUAUGAACACAGAGUUUUCAAGUCAAAAACUUCUGAAGAACUUUCCAGAAAAGGUUCUGAUGUGUCAACACAGAUUGAUUAUAAUCCAAGAAUAAAAAUGGAAACUGAAGAAACUGAACCUGAAGGACUUGUUAUAAAGUCUACUUCAAAAGCUGCUGGGAGCUUGAAAAGCUCCAUAGAGGUUUAUAAGCCAGCUAACAUUAGGUGUCCAAAGGUUGAGAGAGAUCAUUACGAUGGCAGAAAGAAUAAGUCGAAGCUUUUGAUGAAGUUGACAGGGUGUGGAUGCGGAUCAAAAAGGUUGAAAGAUUUUAAGCAGAUGGAAGACAAGUAGUAAUGAAAAAGGUUCAAAGAUUUUGAGCAUGCAAGUGAAGUUCCUACAAUUUAUACUUGUGUUUCUUUAUUAUUAUGAGUGAUAAAUAGAAGAAUGCGAAGUAUAAUUCUUUAAUGUUGUGGUUGAUUUAAUAGAGUUUCUACAUAAGAUUUCAAUGCAAAUAAAGGACGUUAACUUUGAUUUUGAUAGCAAUAGAG